ACUGAGAGGAAUCCGGGCAGACAUUGCGGGGUUUGCUGCCUGGAGUGUUUUUUCAAGAAGUACUCUAUGAAGUUAUUCAAAGUCCCUCUGUGGUCUGAUUCCUGCUAAUGGAUGAUGGUUUCUCAAGUCACAGUGUGACAUCCUAGUGCACAGUGUCUGAAAAAAGUUAUUUUUAAUCAGUCUGUUCAGAACCCAGCAUGGAGGUAGAUCCCAGCUCAGCAGCUGAAACCAAGACCAGCAGCACGGAGAAGACCAGGACUUUUGGCACGUCUCAGCCGAAACCCAGAAGUGCGAAUCCGUACCCCCCUGUCUGCCGCUUUUAUUCCCGUGGGAGGUACUGCCAGUUUGGACGGAGGUGCCGAUUUCUGCAUGAGUAUCUGGAACCGCAGGUUAGCCCUGGCGUACCUGAAAGCCACGAUGAUGGCAACACUGAUGACAGCUCCCAGUGCCAGGGCAGCACGGAGAGUCCCAAUAAGCCUGCAGAGGAUCCUGGCCAGCUACGACCCGGGCCACCCAAGAUGCUGGGACCCCGAGAGCGGCCCAAGAGGCCGUGCCGCUACUACCUGUCUGGCUACUGCGCAAUGGAAGAACGCUGCCGUUUCUGGCAUCCAGAGAAGCAGCCCCCUUUGCGGGACUGCAUGGGGCCUGAACCUGCCCAGGCCAGCCCUCGGCCUGUGGGCCCACUCAUCCGCCCACCUGUCCCCCGCCCUGCCGUCGUCAAGGAUGAGGUCAAGCUGACCGAGCUGACCCAGGAGGUUGCCCGGCAAUUACGGGAGACCGAAAUCAGCCAGCUGAUGAAGCGUUUCCCCAAGGACCAGCUGAUUAUUCAGGAGAGCGAAAGUGGGAACCAGACUUACUACCGCAUCGUGGUGGAGCCCACUGACCCAGACUGGCCCUUUGAUUUGAAGGAGAUGGAUAUUCAGAUCUGCUUCCCAGAUGAAUACCCUUUGGAGGUGUUCACCGUGGAAAUCCCUGAGGAUCAGGAUUUACCAGCAUCUAUGGGAAGGCAUGUGUGCGUGGCCUCAGAGGAGUGGUUACGGGCAAAACAUGCCACCAACCGGUUGAUGGGCAAGCUGGAAUUGUUGUUUCGCCCAUACCUGCGUUGGCUGGACCGCAACAUGGAGAAGCUGUUCACUGAGGGAGCUCGGCAGAUAAAGAGGGAAUUAGAGGCAGAGAGAGCCGGCAUACACAUUGUUCCCUACCAGCAGCUGCGAGCACGUUUACCUGGCGCCAUACCUUCACAAACAACAGAGAUGUCUGCAGGCCCUCAGAAGGAGGAUGGCAGUGAGGAACUGACCCAGAAGCUGCGGGACGUCAAGGUGGCAGAAUCGGAAAGUCCCGAAAUGAGUGGCACAGGGAGUGAGAUCAGCACCAGUGAGGAGGAGGACAAUUGUUCGAGGACUGGCUCGCCAUCUGGUGACCGGCACGAGCUGGCAGGAAAGUCUGACCCUCCGAUCCCAUGUAAGGGCACUGCCGUGCGGCUUGUUGGCCUAGAGUUGGGGGAAGAUACGGCAACACUAUCAGCUCAACAGAUCACCAUGUCGCUGAAAUGCAGCAGGUGCAAAGUUGCUUCAGAUCUUACUGUGUCCCAGAAGUGCCCUUCGAAUGGAAGCUGUAAGAAAUGUAACACAGACAUCCGCAUAGCAUUCCAGCCCAGUAUAGUUCAUGAGCACUCGGACAUCAUGGGAUACCUGGAACUGCGUGGAUGUGUCCCUGUAGAAUUAGUGAUACAGGACAGUUGGUUUGCUGUGGGCUGUCUAAAAUGCUCCAAGGAGGGAUCGCUGCAGGGUCUCUCUUACGGCCGAUACAAGGAGUUGAACUGUUUGCAUUGUCACAGCAAACUCAGCAUUAUGGUGGAGGCUGCACAGUUUUAUCAGAUCCAUGCCCAGUCACAGGAUGAAACUGAUGCUAAUAAUUCAGUUCAUCAGCAGAAGAAGAGACAGCCCCCUGGACCUAUUCUUCAGCUUGGGAAACCCCUGCCUGAGUUUGGUACCUGUACACACUUCAAAAAGAGUUUCCGCUGGCUAAGGUUUCCAUGCUGUGGUAGAGCUUAUCCAUGUGAUGUGUGCCAUGACAGUGACCAAGACCAUGUGAUGGAGCUGGCCAGUCGAAUGAUUUGCGGGUACUGUGCGAAGGAGCAGCCAUACUGCAACGGGAAGCCCUGCAUUUCCUGCAAAGCCAUGAUGACGAGAGGUUUCCACACCAGUCACUGGGAGGGAGGCCAAGGCUGUCGCAACAGAAUCACGAUGAGUCACAAAGACAAACAGAAAUAUUCAAACUCCAUGAAAACGGUGUCUCGCCGAUCCCAGCGUCAGUAUCAGAAGUGAUCAGUGUGGUCCCUGACUAGGGAUCUCUCACUUGGACUGUGGCCUUAGUAAUAACUCCAUGAGUAGGUGUGGUGUGCGCGCGUGGUUGUUCCUUUUGAUUUUAUUUCCAGUUGUUUCUCCCUCCAAUGAGGUGGUGAAAGGAUAAAUGCUCUCUUCAAAUUUUAAAGCAAGGAGCUGAUCUUGGGGAGUAGGGGUGCAGAGCAGCCCCGUAAACAAGGAAUGAGACAGCUUCUAGUUUGAUCUGUAGAAUUUGCAGUAGCAGAUCCCCACAGACCCCGUCCUGGCUGCCGCCACCACCCAUAGAUAGCUAUGGAUGAGAAACGCAGGAGGUCAUUGUUCACAGCUCCACUUUGAGCCCAGCAUUUCAGCCACCAAAUUGAGAAGGAAGAAGUUCCAGAUUUAUCGAUGACUCUCCUGCCAGCUUGGCUGUGUUUAUGCUGACGUGGUGAAACCAUGUGUUGCGCUCAGGUGCAUGGUUCAGAUGUGACACAGAAUGCCAGGCCUAACCUGGCAUGGAGGCUCCCCCUCUUCACUGGUCUAGGAGACAGUGCAGAUAGUUCUGUCUGUAACCUAAAAUUGCGUGCAGAAAUUUUCAGUUAGGCAUUAUAGGACAGCCCAGGAUAGACCCCCUGCAAAGUCUUUCUGAAAACAGUGUCUCAAAUCAAGGUCCAGCUUUCUCUUCCUGAUUGGAGCUUGGAGACGUGUACAAUGGGAAGUUGUCCUAAUUUUGGUUUUUGAAUGUUACAGGCUAUCACUGUGGUGAUUUAAUUUGGCCGUUUUAUAAAAUGCAGUCACAUCUCAUUCUAUGCAAUAAGGCCAACAAUAAGCAAAGAAGCCCUCCUGGGCCUGGAAAUAAUGACAGCAGGGAAGAUUAGAAUUUCCCCCCUCACUUGACUAGGUCCAGGCAUUUGACUAGGUUAUGAGCAGUAGGCACGACUGUGGAACUGCGCAAAUAAUAUUGGCUGAUUUUUGUCGGUUCCUGUCUCAAAGAGCUUGACAGGGAGCAGACACUGUUUACAAAUAACCGACUAGCAGCUCAUUAGAAGCUGGAGGAGGCCAUUUCAGUCCCUGAGGUGGCUCAGCUCUUCAAUCCACAAAGCCUGAUCCUAUUCCUUAAAAUCCUUAGUUGACAAAAUUAUCUGAACUGAGCCAUAAAAGCUCCAGGACCAUUGAGCUCUGAGUUUGGAUGAUGAGAAUGUGCCAGAUAUUGGUUUUAUUGAGGCAAUACUGUCAAGCUCAAUUCCUGUUUUUAAUCACUCUGUGCACAUGCAUUCCUUCCAGCAGAUGGCAGCAGUUCACCCUUUGCUAGUCAAGGGACCCACAGCUAAUCAGUGUCUCCUCAGCACCAGCUUAGAGUGUAAACUUCACUAUUUCCAAAUGCUGAGUGCCGCAGUUACCCAGCAGGGAAACUCUGACUCCAGGACCUUUGAGGUCACUUUGUGCAUGUAUCAAUUAGAACCGGGUUAGUUUGCUGGUGAUGCUUUCAGUAGUGGACUGUCAGUUGGUUCUUACUCUUCUUACAGCCAAAAAGGGCUGCAGGUUGAACGUCCUUCCUGUGUGAAUGGAUACAGAGUGUGCUGGCUGUACAUCUGGGUAUGAGUUCGCUCCCCUGUGCUGUCUUCUACGUGAAUUAAGAACAGAAAGUGCUAGAAACCCCCAGCAGGUCUGGCUGCAUCAGUGGAGAGAGUUACUGGAGUUUCAGGUUGAUGACCUCGUCAGAACCAUUGACCUGAAAUGCUAACUCUGCUUCCCUCUUCAAAGAGGCAACCUGGCCUGCUCAGCAUUUCCAGCAUCUGUUUUUAUUUCAGAUUUUUAGCAUUGCUAUCGUGUGUGUGUGUGUGUGUGUGUGUGUGUGUCCAUCCUUCUUUGAGUCUUUUCCUCCUGUCUCUCAUUUCCAGUUUAAAAAUACUUUGCACGUACUCCUUUUCUCCCAUGUUUGAGCUGCUGUUCAUUUUUUGUUUCUUUAUUGUGUGCUUGUGCCUCUCUGCAUAUUUUCUACUCCCCAACCCAGCAGCCAUUCACAGGUUUGUGUAUCACCUGAAUGUGUUCAGGGAUGGGGAGAGGGGAGGAAUCAAGAGGAACCAAAAGCUAAGUCUGAAAUACAUCAGCCACCACGUGUGUGUUCCAGUGCCAGUGUAAAGAAGAAACCUACAGAUCUCCAUUCGCCGCCUCUCAAUGGCUUAGCCAUGAUUGGUUGUAACCUGGCUGUAUCGGGAUUUAACCCUGUGCACUCCCUAAUUCUGAUGUGAUUUUUCCAUAUUAAGAAAUGACUGAAUGUUCUUUUUCUAAUGAGUGCCUUUUGUUUCUCAAUUCUGUCACCUCGACCACUGCCUGCAUCCUCUAAAAGGAGCAAUCUGCAAAUGAUCCUACAACCCCAUCUUCACCCCUGGCCACAGAGAGUGCUGAGCCAUUGACACGAUUCAUACUUCUGCAGUCAGGUCCACAGGGCAACUUCUUAGCAAAUCUUACGGCACUUAGAAGGCAGAGAAGUUUGUUUGUGCAGUAAUGUUUCUCAGGUCAGUCUUGUUUGGCCAGGAAGGUAGGCAGUACUGGGCAGGCUUUCAGACCAUCUUGUAGUACAAUAUCUCUUGUACUCUUUGACGUUUCUGAUUUGCACUACCAAUUGGUGAGGUUCCCAUCCAACAUAGUGGGGGUUUAACCAGCUUCCCUAAAGUUUAAAUCUAUUUCCUAAGGUGGAGACACGUUAGCCCAAUGCAUGUUGUUGCUAUGGCUAAACUAAUAGUAUUUUUUGGGAGCAGUAAUAGGAUUCAAUUGAAUCAUAUUUCUGAUUUAUUGUGCAAAAUUGCCACUCAAAAGACUUAGUGACAAACACUGGCAAGAUAUUUUAAAAUAGGAAAAGAACUCAGUUGCAUGUAUGUAGAGUUGAUGGUAUUUUAAAAUAAACUUUAGUUUUGUCAGUUUUGA